AUGGAUUCACAAGAAGAAGAGGAAAUUAAUCCCCAAUCCGAGUCGACCGCCCACUCUAAUGUUCGCGCGAAGACGGAUAUCACAUGGAAAUAUGUUACCGAAGCUCAAGAUGAAAAUGGUAAAAAGAUGCGCAUUUGUACAUUUUGCAACAAGUCAUUUCGUGGGGGAGGCAUUAACCGAAUGAAACAACACCUUGGUGGAGUUAAAGGAAAUGUAGCUGCGUGUUUAAAGGUCCCGGCGGAUGUAAGGUGUCAAAUGAAAAUUUUGUUUGAAGAGAGUACACAAAAAGGUAAAAAUACAGUUGUUUUAGAUACUGAGACGGGUAGCACACUAAAAUCAAAAAGUCUUGGUAAAAGGAAAGCUUCUUCAACAUCCGACAACGCACAAUCGUAUUUCUCAAGAGGUAUAAAUGAUCAUACUCAACCUUCAAUUAGAUCUGUAUGGCAAAGUAAGGAAAGAGUUCAUGAUACAGAUUUAGCUGUAGCCAUGUGGCUAUAUGAUGCAUGCAUACCUAUGAAUGCCGUAAAUUCUCCCCUUUUUCCAAUUGCAAUGAGUAAAGUAGCUUCCAUGGGGCAUGGAUAUACGGGACCUUCCUACCAUCAAGUUCGUGUAAAUUUGUUGAAAGAUGCUAAGCAAUCUGUGAAACUUAUAGUUGAUUCUUAUAGAGAGCAAUGGGCUGAAAGAGGUUGCACUAUAAUGAGUGAUGGAUGGAGAGACGUUAGACAAAGAGCUCUAAUUAAUUUUUUGGUUUAUUGUCCAACGGGGAUUUCAUUCAUCAAAUCUGUUGAUGCUUCUGAUAUUGAGAGUAAUGCUGAAGGUUUAUGCAAUUUGUUUAGUGAAAUUGUUGAGAUUGUUGGUUCCAAGAAUAUUGUUCACUUGGUCACUGAUAAUGCUGCAAAUUACAAAGCUGCGGGAAGAUUAUUAUGUGAUAGAUAUCCAAUGAUUUCUUGGUCUCCUUGUGCGGCUCACUGUAUAAAUUUGAUCUUGAAGGAUGUUUCAGAAAUGGAAGAUGUGUCUACUUUGAUACAACUUGCAUCACGAAUUACAAUUUUCAUCUACAACCACCCUCUAAAUUGGUUGAGAAAAAGACCCGGUUGGACAGAAAUUAUCCGUCCUGGGGCCACCCGAUUUGGCACAUCAUUCAUUGCAUUGAAGAGUUUACAUGAUCAUAAGCAUGAUUUGCAAGCUUUAGUAACCUCUCUUGAUUUCAAAAAGAUGUUGAAAGUGACUAAAGCUAAUGAUGUGAAAGACACUAUCUUAGAUCCGAAGUUUUGGAAUAAUUGUUUUAUAACGGUUCAGGUGAUGACUCCUAUCUUGAGACUUUUGCGUAUCUGUGAUUCCGAUGAAAAGCCUUCAUUAGGCUACGUUUAUGAAGGUAUGCUUAGGAUAAGAAAAGGAAUCAAAGAGUUGUUUAAAAGGAAAAGACGUAACUAUAAGAGGUAUGUUGAUAUCAUUGAUGCACGUUGGGAUAAGAUGUUACGCAAAAGUCUUCAUGCAGCAGCUUAUUGGCUAAAUCCGAUAUUUCAAUAUGAAAAAGAUAAUCGUGAAGAAAAGGAUAAGGCAUGGGUAGGGGUGCUUGAUAUGAUUGAGAAGUUAACGAGUUUAGAUAAUAGUGUGCAAAUAACUAUUUCACACUUGGCAAAAUUUCGGGAUAAAGUAGGUACUUUUGGUCGAUCUAUUGCUUUGAAUUCCGUGGAGCUUGAGCGUCCCGAUGAGUGGUGGAAAGCAUUCGGUGGAGAUGUACCGGCGUUGCAAAAAUUUGCCGUAAGAAUUUUAAGUCAAACCGCAUCCUCUUCUGGAUGUGAAAGGAAUUGGAGUGUUUUUGAGAGAAUUCACACCAAAAGAAGGAACCGCUUGGAGCAUCAAAGGCUAAGUGAUCUCGUGCUAAAUGAGAGCAAAAGGCCAUAUGACCCGGUUGAUUACCAAGGCAUUGAUAAAAACGAAUUUUGGGUGGUGGAAGACGAGAAGGAAGCCGAGCUUAACUAUGAUGAUUUAGAAAAUAUGCUCGAUGAGGAGGAACUACCAAUUGACCUUGAUUCACAACCAUCCGAAGCUAAUAGUAGAAACGUGUGUUGUCAUCUUCAAGCUUUCACGGUUUCGAGUCCCAUUCUUAAGGACUCAUCUGGUCUCGACUCACAAGAUCUCGAGUCACAGGUUUUGAGGUGUGGUUCUGAAAGCUGGUUCGUUCAUUCAACUGCUAAGUGUUUGAGUUGGCGAGUACACGGGUUCUCGCUUUGA